CUGAGUGAUAAGUUUAAAUAAAAUACUGUUGGCUGCUACUAAUUAAUAUAAAUCAGUUAUUUGUGUGCGUGUAAUAUCUUGGAUACUGAAACUCCCCAAUACAGGACAAUGUUGUGUAUUUACUUAGCCAGGGCUACACUCUGGAGUAUAAUACAUAAUAUUCUAUUGUAAUGAAGACCAGCUAUUGAGGGUACAGUUUUAAAAAUAUGCUUUUACGUAUCACAAGGAACUGAUUACUAAGAUAUUUAUAUUAUUUAUGAAAAGAAUUCCUCAGCAGUAAUUAUUAAGAAAUGCAACUUAAAUAAUUACAUACAUAUCCCCCUGUAUAUUUUUUUUUAACCUUUUACAAAUAACUGUCCUGCUUGGGUACUAAGACUUUGAAAUAAUUCAUCCUUUGCGUCCUUAGCAACUGCCUAAGAUUUAAUGUAUUUUUUUUUAAUUAUUUUACUUCAAUUUUUAAUAAUUAUUGAUACGUUAUAAUGAUUGUUAUUGCACUAGGAAUUAUAUUAUACAAGCUUGCGAGAAUUUAUAGUGUUAUUUGAUUAAAAGUUUUCUCAAAUAGAUAAUUUUAAAAUCAAAACACUGCCAAGGAAUUGAUUGCAGUUUAAUUUUAUUUUUUUAUUUUCCCCUGCAUGUAUUUUUAUGUACCUAUUGUAUAUUUUUUUUGCAUUCUCAAACGAUGCAGCAAUUAAUAAGUAGCACAGAGAGGAGAAUAUUAAUAAGAACUUACAAUAAAAUUUAAUAUAGUAUGCUAAGGUGGCCCAGAUUUAAACCCCAAUUAGUUAUGGCAGGUGUAACGAUAAUUAGAUCUUUCCAUAAAUAGUCCACAUGUCUUAGGAUUCAUAAAUAAAUGUGAUAUAUUUAAAAGAAAUAUAUACAUGCCUUUCUGUUUUAAGUUUCAGGACUAAAUCAAAUAAUGGACGUCGAUGAUGAUCAUGGGCAGCAGCUGGCACCAAGUGAUGAGGAGCAGUUGAUUCCUCCAAAGAGUCCGCUGCUGCAGAGGAUGACGACCACCGCGGACAUACACGAACAACCGAGGGCAAGAACAAGUAGCCAGCGUAACAAGUUCGAUAGAAUCCUGACUACACCAAGACCCAGCCGUGAACGGAGCCGUGCGAGGGAUUCUCCAAGCUCAAGUAGGCGCAGCAGUCGCAGUCGCCGAGAUGGUGCAAGCAGUCGCAGAGAACCCUGCCAACGUAGUCACAGGCACAGCGAAAGACACACACGCACCCGUACACGUAGCCGUAGUGGGUUACGCAACGAUAGACUACGAGAAGAAUUGGAGUUGGAGAGGCAACGGUUGCGAGUGCUGGAAGGACAAUUAAAGAGGGAGCGUGAGCGACAGGAAGAUCGGGAGCGCGCACGAUAUAGAGAAAUGGAGCUCUACAUUCAGAGACCAAGUUCUACCAAGGAGGACGAGGAAAUUCGGAGGUCCAGCGGACACCACUCUCGGAAACGGAGCCCUGGAUGGGACAAGGAGACCGGGAGGUCCAGGUAUGAUUCAACAUCUAAUCUUUUUGUAGAAUUACUAAAAGUAAUGAAUAAGCAAACUAGUGAACGUGAUAGUUUUCCUGUUCUGAACAAUGUUUUACCUGAAUUUGACCCGUUGUGUAAAGAGCAACCAAUUAGCACUUGGCUGAGCAAGGUUGAUGAAUGUGCUGAAAUAUAUGGCUGGAAUAACAGACAAACCAUCCACUAUGCUCUGCCAAAGCUUUCUGGUCAUGCCAAACUAUGGUACCAAGGACUACCAUCUAUUAAGCGUGACUGGCCAGAAUGGAAAGCACUCUUAAUGGAUUCCUUCCCUGCUACCGAAAAUUAUGCAGAGUUAUUAACAGAAAUGUUAAACAAAAGAGCUCGUUUUGGCGAACCACUAGAAUUGUAUUACUUUUCUAAGAUAAACCUAUUGAACCGCUGCAAAAUUUUCGGCAAGGAGGCAGUAGAUUGUAUAUUACAUGGUGUAGAUGAUAGAGGAGUAAGAUUAGGAGCGCAAGCUGCUAAUUUUGAGAAACCCGAACAAAUUUUACAAUUUUUUAAAACUCUUAAAGUACAAACUAGGGACACUGAAGUUAGGAAAGAUAAGAGGGCCCCAAUGACUAAUGUAAACAACCCCAAAACACAUAAAAUGCGCGAUUCUACAACUCUAUCCAGACCCCGUCAAUAUCCCGAUAGCGUUAUAUGUUUUAACUGUAGAGAGAAGGGCCACCCAUGUUCUAAAUGCCCAAAACCUAUUGUCACGUGCUCAUAUUGCCAUUUGAUUGGCCAUCUCAUUUCCGAUUGUCCUAAAAAGAAUUCCAAGGUAGAGGUCUCUACAGACAAAAGUGUUUUAAGGAUUUUGUUGAACGAUAAUUCUGAUGAGAGUGAACCUAUUCACGAUACAGGCAACAAAAUAUUAUGUGACCUGUUAGUGGAUAACCCUGGUAACAAAUAUAAAAUAGGAAUCAAAAUUAAUAAUAAACCAAUAUUUUGUCAAGUUGACCUAGGUAGUGAAGCCACUCUAAUCCGGAAAACAGACGCGGAAAACUUGGACUUGCACUGGGUAGCAGUAGAUGGACCAUUGUUACGUGGUUUAGGAAAUAUACCUUAUGUCCCAUUAGGCAAAGUUCAAGUUCAGAUUGAUGUACAGGGCGUAAACGAAAAAGGAGUGGAUGUAUUUGUUGUUAGUGACCGUCUAAUAAACACUCCAGUUCUAUUGGGGCACACUUUCACAGAACGUCCAAAUGUACGCAUCAUAAAAACUGAGACUGAGUUAAGAUUUGAGAAAGUAGAUCAAUGCAAUGAUACAAAGAUAACAUUAAAGACUGAAAAUUUAGUUACUAUUGGGGAAAGGGAAAUGAAAGCCAUUCGAGUUAAUUCUUUUGAAAAAUUAAGCGGAAAUGUGUACAUUGGAGGUUCUGUAAGAGGGUGCGAGGGAAGUGAAUAUUUUCUUUUACCGGGUGAAUAUGAGAUUCAUUCAGGCACAUGUCUAUUAUUAGUGCAAAAUUUAGGAACAAAACCUAUAACCUUUCAAAAGGGGUCCUUAAUUGCUAGAGCUUUGUAUUUAGAUGCAAUAAAGCAUGUUCAGAACCUUAAUAUUACGACUGACCAAGGAACCGAGAUUGAGAAUUCGACUAUCCAAUGCGGAGAUGACUUGUCAUCUGACGAGAAACAAAGGUUGAAUAAAUUACUAGAUAAUUAUUCAACCUGUUUCUCAACUGGGUUGCAUGAUUUGGGUUACACUACCGAAGCAGAAAUGGUAAUCAGGCUUAAAGAUUCUGAACCAGUAGUGUACAGACCCUAUAGAAUGUCUUACUCAGAACGUCAACUUGUACAGGUUAUGAUUGACGACAUGCUUAAGUUCGGUAUAGUUCGGGAGUCAAAGUCCCCAUAUGCCAGCCCUAUUGUUUUAGUUCACAAAAAAACCGGUGACAAAAGACUUUGUGUUGAUUACCGCGCUCUCAACCAUAAAACUAAGCGAGAUCAUUACCCCCUCCCUAGAAUUGAGGACUUGCUUGAUCGUUUGUCAGGACAGUCUAUGUUCACAACCCUUGACCUUGCGUCAGGGUACCAUCAAAUACCCAUAGCAGAGGAGUCUAUUGAAAAGACUGCGUUUGUCACACCGGAUGGCCAAUACGAAUACACUCGUAUGCCAUUCGGUUUGGCAAAUGCACCUGCAGUAUUUCAAAGGGUAAUGCACAAGGUGUUAGCCAAGGUCAAAUACGUCAUCAUCUACAUGGAUGACAUAUUAAUACCAUCAGCCUCAUUUGAUGAAGGAUUGGCACGCCUUGAAGAAGUACUAAAUGUAUUGCAACAAAGCGGUCUCACUCUUAAGAAACAAAAAUGCAAUUUCUUCCAGAAAAGCAUUGAGUUUCUGGGUUUCGAAAUUAGUAAAGAGGGGAUUAAGCCUGGUUUACAAAAAGUUCAAGCCGUUUCAAGGUUUUCCACUCCAACAAACCCUCAUGACGUCCGUAGGUUCUUGGGUCUGUCAAGCUUUUUUAGAAGGUUUGUCAAGGGUUUUGCUUUAAUAGCACGACCAUUGACUUCCCUUUUGAAGAAGGAUACUCCCUGGAGAUGGACAUCAGAGGAGGAUGAAGCGUUUGAGACUUUAAAGAGCCACCUAAUCAAAAGACCUGUGCUUGCUCUGUAUGAUCAUGCGGCAGAAACACAAUUGCAUACAGAUGCAAGUAAAGUAGGCUUAGCGGGCAUUUUACUCCAGCGUUCUAGUUCAUCAGAACCCUGGAGACCUGUGGCGUAUUAUAGCCGACAGACGACUAUUGAUGAACAGAAGUUACACUCAUUUGAACUUGAAACCUUAGCCGUGGUCAGUUCACUAGCCAAGUUUAGAGUAUAUUUGCUCGGUAUUAAGUUCACAAUUGUUACAGACUGUAACGCUUUGCGAUCAACAUUCACUAAGCGAGAUCUUGUUCCACGCAUCUCUAGAUGGUGGAUACAAUUUUUAGAAUUUGAUUGUGAGAUAGAAUACCGUGCUGGGGAGAAAAUGGCUCACGUUGAUGCACUCAGUAGGAACCCCAUCGAUGAAAAGGAAGUCGAAACGCAUACAUUAGAUAUCCUUGCAGUCAAUAUCGAAGACUGGGUUACAACCGUUCAAUCGAGUGACGCAGAAAUAAAAAUAAUUAAAGAAAUCUUACAAGACCCUUCAACGGCCAAAGUUGCUAGCAUUCACAAAGAGUACAAAUUGAAAAAUGGUAGAGUGUUCCGUAUCAUAAAUGAAAACACAAUUCGCUGGGUCGUACCCCGGGGUGUUAGAUGGCAAUUGCUCAAGGCCAAUCAUGAUGACGUAGGACACUUUGGUUUUGAAAAAACUCUUGAAAGAUUACGUUCAUAUUAUUGGUUCCCAAAAAUGCGCCGAUUUACCAAAAAGUAUGUAGCCGCUUGUUUGGAAUGCGCUCAUCACAAAAUCCCAUCUGGCGCAAAGGAAGGAGAAUUACAUCCUAUCCCGAAAAUUGAUGUGCCAUUCCAUACAAUACAUGCUGACCAUCUUGGACCAUUUGUACGAAGUAAGCACAAGAAUUCGUAUUUAUUAGUUAUUGUGGAUUCCUUUACCAAAUAUGUUAAUCUGACUCCAGUCCGUAGCACCAAAUCAAAAGAAAGCAUUAAGGUAUUCAAAAAUUAUUUUAGUUACUUUGGCACUCCCACUCGUUUGAUUACUGAUAGAGGCACCAGUUUUACAAGCAAGAAAUUUAAAUCUUUUGUAAGCAAAUUGGGUAUAAAGCAUAUUUUGAAUUCUGUUGCUACUCCGCGCGCCAAUGGGCAAGUCGAGCGAUAUAAUCGCACAAUUUUGUCUUCUCUGAGUACCAUGUCUCACGGAAAGGGUCCCGAAAAGUGGGACGAUUAUGUUCAAGAUGUCCAAGUGGGGAUUAACUCUACAGUACACGAGGUAACUAAGAAAUCCCCAACCGAGUUAUUAUUUGGUAGGAAAGUGAAUAACCCUUCUCAAGGGGUCUUAAGCGACGUCAUUGAUGAUGUCGGUGGUGGUUCAAUAGAUCAAAGCCUACAUGAAGUUAGAGAACAAGCUAAGAGUAUGAUAGAUAGGAAUCAAGAACAAAAUAAAGAAAGGUUUGAUAGACGAAGAAAAAGGGUCACUAAAUAUAAGGAAGGAGAUCUCGUCAGAGUAAUUAGGGCCAUAACUGGGGGUACGGGACAAUCAAAAAAACUUGAACCAAAAUGUCAAGGGCCAUAUAGGAUUAAGAAAAUAUUACCUCACGACCGUUUUGUGAUAGAAGACACUCCUCUGACAAAAAAAGGUAGACGCUACGAAAAUACCGUAUCAAUAGACAAAAUAUUCCCAUGGUUAAGUUUCGACAAUGACCCUACUAGCAAUACAUCAAGUGAUAAUAGUUCUGUUGAAGAAUAAGCAUUGUUCAGAUCAGCUUAAGCAAUCACUCUUAUAAAAUACAGAUACUUUGUUUUAAAUAUUAUUCUAAGUUAGAUGUUGAUUCAUUACCAUUUUGGAGCAUGAUUACAUUAUUUAAAUCAUGAUUGAACAUGUAAUACAUGUCUUAAAAGUACCAGGAGGUACUUUUGAAUGUUAAAGACGGAUCUUUAACAUCUUAGUUUAUUUUAUAAUCUUUAAAUUUAUUUUUAAAUGUAUAAGAUUCUAGCUGAUUAUGUUGAAACUUAUGUAUUCAUUUGCAUUAAUGCAUGUAAUUUUAAUUUUUAAUAUGUAUUCUCAUUCUUCAAUCAAAAUAUUAUCCUUGAGUAAUUUUGUGUGAAAGAGUAACAAACUUUAUGUUCACAUACUUUCACAUCUUUAAUUUUAGUAUAAUUCUAUUAAAAUAAUAUUUUUUAUAUUAUAUUGUAAUUACUAUAUUGAACUUGCUAUAAUUCUUAAACGAAGGGACUCGUUUAGAAUCGGAUGGCCGACUGUAACAAUUUAUUAAUCCAUUUCCGGUUUAUUUCAACAUUUAUCUGAUAUCUGGUUAAGUUGUAAUAGUUGCUGAUUUGACUUGUGACAAUUUAUUAUUACACAUCCGGUAUAUUUAAACAUUUUACUUGAUAUCCGGUUAAAUAAUAGUUGCUGAUUUGACUUGUACUACCGGUGGGGAUAUAACCAGCCAUUCGACUCGGAACGAGCCCAGUCGUACGAAUACUACGAAAGUGCUAACAAGUGUUACUUUGAGUUGUGAAUGUUCAAUUUAAUCAAUAUAAAAAUUGAAUUGAAUAAAUCGUUUUAUUUCG